CAGAUAACAUUGAGUUCUUCAUAGAGAGCUGGCCUGUUAGUAACGUUUCACUAAUCGCGGAAGAUAUUUAACAAGAAGACUACAGUGCGGAAUAUGAAGUGCUUUGUUGUCUUCAUAAUAACUUGGGCCUUGGUGGCGUCAUAUCCUCUUGGCGACCAAGCUCAGGACAAAGAUCGAGACAAAGACAGAGAUCUUGAAUCACGUUCAGUUCACGUCGCGGCGCAAAACAUCCCAGAAAUCUCCAUGCCACACAUCUCAACCAUCCCCGAUCCAUACAUGCCGUCCAUAUACCGCCGUAUGAUGACGUUUGGAAAACCAUUGAAUCCUGGUUUUAUGACACUAGGACACCCUAUCUCGGAAAAGCGUGGCAAACGUGAAAUGUCGUUUGGAGCCACCAGUGGCGAUGUUGGCCAACAGGGAACUAACUCGGGGAGUGUUGCCGUCGAAAGUCAAUCGAACGGCCGAAAAUGAAGAAUGAUUUCUUUCCUGGGCUUCAUCCUAAGUAUGAAAAGGGACAUCCAGUUGUAGUUCAGUAAUGAUUUAAUGUGGUUUUGGAGCUUAUGGCAUCUCAUCACUUAAGGGAAGUAAUAACUGUAGAAGUAGUAGCAAAAUAAAGGUGUUUGAAAAGAA